CUGAUGCGAGCGGAGCUGGUGAGUCCGGGAGCGCCUGAGCGAGAGAUUGAUUGAGUGGUCUGGAGCGAAAGGCGAAGGAGGCGGUGGCUGUUGCGGCGCUGUUGCGGCGGCGGCGGCGCUCAGGCGGCUUUCUCCAGGCGGGGAUCUUACGAAACCGCGCCGCGAUGUCUUCUCCUUCCACCGCGAAAGAGGUUUUCUCCUCGGACGAAGAGGGCCCCGCCGCGGGGGCGGCCGAGGAUCACCACAAAGUCAAGGUCUCCAGUUUGCCUUUCAGCGUGGAAGCGCUCAUGUCCGACAAGAAGCCUCCGAGGGAGGCGAGGGAAGGCAUCGAAGGGGCCGGCUUGGGGACUUCCAGGAACCUGCUCUUGCCCGCUCACGUCUCCAGGGAAGCUCCCAGCCCCGGGGGGCUUACAAAAACCUUUGAGACCUCGUCGGUUAAAUCCGAGAAUUCCGAGGAUGGCUCGUCGUGGAUCCCAGAGGCCGGCAGAUACUCCCCGCCCCCAAGACACCUGAGUCCUACUGCUUGUACACUGAGAAAACACAAGACAAAUCGAAAGCCCCGAACACCAUUCACCACUUCCCAGUUGUUGGCUUUGGAGCGCAAAUUCCGACAGAAGCAAUAUCUCUCCAUUGCUGAAAGGGCUGAAUUCUCAAGCUCGCUUAACCUCACAGAGACACAGGUCAAAAUCUGGUUCCAAAACCGGAGGGCCAAGGCAAAGAGACUGCAGGAAGCUGAACUGGAGAAGUUAAAGAUGGCUGCCAAGCCUAUGUUGCCUUCUGGCUUUAGCCUCCCUUUCCCCAUCAACUCCCCUCUCCAGGCAGCCUCCCUCUAUGGAACAUCAUAUCCCUUUCACAGACCUGUGCUUCCUAUCCCACCUGUAGGACUCUAUGCUACUCCUGUUGGAUAUAGCAUGUACCACUUAUCAUAAGAAGCUCAGCUGCAAUGCAGUCAUAGACUUUCUGAUGGAUCUUGCCCAGAUCAAGAGUGCAGUACAAAACCAUUGCUGGUCCUUUUUCUGCAUGCUUGUAUGUGCCUUAUCAAGUAUAUAGGAGAUUGAAAGCAGAACCUGUAUUCAGCCGGGUGUGACUCAGAAUCUGAUCCUGAAAGAAAGGUGUAUUUUUUUCUUUUUGACAUACAUAAACUAAUAUAGUUUCUUUAUAUACUGCACAUGGGGUGGGAGGACUCAAUCAUUAAAUCAUGCAUUUUCACAGCAUAUAAUAUUUUCCCCAUGAUGUUCCCAGUGGAGUAUUGCAACAUGUGUUUUCUUUUAAAAAGUAGGAACCAUUCAUUCUUUAAAGGGCAAGACGUGCAGCCCCAUCCUAUGUACAUUUACUCAGAAGUAAGGUCCUCUUCAGUCUAUGGUGCUUACUCCCAGGUAAAUGUGCAUGCAGCUUAGAAUGCAGGGUUGAUUUGUUGUUUGAUUGGGCAGCGAUGGGUUGGGUAAAGCUUAAACAGUCAUGCGAGUUUCAUGUGUAGAACCUACUUUGGGAUAAAAGCAGCCUUAAGGGAGGCAGAAUGGGGAUAGCGCUGUCAGGGUCUGCCUCUCUCUUCAGGUCUCAGACUGAGUCCCAGUCCUGAAACUGAUGUGCAAGGAGCUGCUCUGUCUCCGAUAUAAAAUGCUGGACUAGGCGGACAGUUGGUCUGGUCCAGCAAAGCAGGUACGCAGAAUAGAAUCCUUUGAAGCCCUCUGAAGACUUGCUGCAGAGGGUGCGUGGAAGUGGACUUGACCGUUGUACAAAAGGUCCAGCGGUUGUGAUCGUGUUGCUGCUCAUUCUUCGGGCGCAGUUGGUCCUUGUGCAGCAAUGCGCAUACAUGGAAAAGCGAAGGAAGAUGGCCUGGGAGGUUUGUCAGGGUUUUAUCUGGAUUCCAGCCUCCUGUUCUUUCUCAGCAGUUGCCCCUUACAAUCAGUUUCGAUUAUAUGUGAGGUCCUGGAUAUUGGGAAAGAAGGCCAGAAAAAGUGGGGGCGGGCAUAGAGGUAUGGAGAAAGAAGUGUUGCUUUUCUGAGAGGGUGUGUGCAUGCCUGUGCAGAGAGCCUAUCAAAACCAUGUUGCAGAGUUGGUUGUUUUUUAUCGCAAUAAUUUGUGCUUUAACCAUUAUUAGCUUGUAAAAUGAAUGAUGUGUAAUGUUUCUUGAAUCACCCAUAGUUGCAGAAUCCCAAAUAAACCUCUGGGAACAGAUAGUGCCACCCACUCUAAAGGCAGGGCUUCUCCUCCUUUAUUUUUCUUUUGGAGCGGGGAGGGAGGGAGGGAAGAGUUCUAUUUAGUGUACUUGGUACUAUAUAACCCAUUGUUCUAAUUAUUUUAUUAUUCCUAUUGCUAAACGUUGUGGUAAAGUGUCUGUGGAGGAUGCAGGUUGCGGAAGACGGGAUGUCUUUCUCCAAGAUGCAUUUUUUAGCAUUUGUAAGUGGAAAAAAAGAGCCACAAGAUUUGUUGUUGGGUUUGGUCGCCCUGCUACACGCUGUGUUGUGAACUCUUGCCCGGUAGCUCACUUCCACCCUUUUACCCCCAGUAUAUUAAAUCCCUUUGAAAGGGAUGCCUUGUACAAUUUUAUAUAUUUUAUUGAAGAUUUAUUUCUUAUCUCUUAUUUAGAAUUAAAUUAAAAAUAUCUUGUUUAA